AUGGCUGCUGUUCAGCAGCUGCUGGCGAGCCCGUCGCCCACUCCCGCACCUAUAUCGUCACAGCACAUCAACAACGGUUCGGCCGCCGCCAACAUGGAGGAGCCUGGCACCGCCGACCAUGACCCGGUCGUGAUUGACAGCGGGCUGAUGAAGGGCGCGCCACAGCCGGGAGACUCUCGAAUAGUGGUCAUUGUCUACGGGCAGGGACAGGAGCAUGUUGUAUCCGUAUUCGCCGAAGUACUGGGCAAGCCGGUUAAAAUAAAGCGACACUUCAGAGACGUCGACCACGACGACGAGGGAUUCGUGAUUGGCCUUGCGCUCGACGAGGCCCAGCGGGACGUGGAGGACAGAGACCAACAGCUGCUCGUAGCCAUCAAUGCUCACUGCCUGAUGGCCAAGCCAAGGACCUUUUUCAUCUCCACCACGUUUCCCGACGUCCGGGCGGCUCUUCCGAACCUGGACAUUCUCACCGUCGGAGCGGAUGCGGUCGAGAUCCGCGUCGACCUCCUCCGCGAACCCCGGGCCGACGGCACCUUUUCCGACAUUCCGAGUCUGAGCUACGUCGGGCAGCAGGUGAUGCUGCUGCGCCAGAGGACGGAGCUGCCCAUCAUCUUCACCACCAGAUGCACGCAAGAGAAUGGAAGAUUUCCCAUGGACAAGCCCGACUUGUACUAUGAAUAUCUGUACCGCGCGAUCCAGUGGGGGGUCGAAUACAUCGACGUCGAGCUGUGGCUGCCGGAACGCAUUCGAAAGAAGCUAUACGAGAAGAGAGGCAACUCGCGCAUCAUGUCCGCCUUUCACGACUUUUCGGGGACUUUCAAGUGGCCGUCACAGUACGCCGAAGACGUGUUUGCCAGGUCGAAGCAGUAUGCCGACAUUGUCAAGAUGAUUGCCAUCAUCAACGACCACAACGAGAACUUUGAGCUCGAGUACUUCCGCUCAAAGAUACGGGCCCAGUACCCCGAUGGGCCACCGCUGUCGGCCGUCAACAUGGGCGAGAUUGGCCAAUUCUCGAGAACGCUCAACACGGUCUUUUCGCCCAUCACCCAUCCUCUCUUGCCCAUCAUUGCUGCUCCCGGCCAGAUGAGCACGGCCGAGAUCAACGCCGCUCUGGCACUCCUCGGCCAGCUCCCCAAGAAGUACUUUUACGGCAUCAGCAGCGCCGCUGCUCGGACCAUCGCGCCGCGGGCUCCCUUUUACGAAAAGUGCUUCAACGAGCUAGGCCUGCCGCAUCAGUUUGCCGUCGUGGAGCGCCAGCACAACAACCCGGCGGGCAUCCAAGCGUGGUGCAACCAGAAAGACUUUGGAGGCGCCUACCUCGACCCGGGCCUGUCCUACCAGACCAUCAUGAAGCACAACCCGUGGUUCUCGACGCUGCGAAACGGCCAGGGCCCGACACUGUCCGAGGCCGCUCAGGGAAUCGGCAUCAUUGACACCAUCGUUGUCAAGUCCGCAUCGUCGUCAUCGGCAUCAGGCUCAGGAGGAUCGACGUCGACGCCGCCAUCGCAGUACGCCAGCGGCACUCUGCCACCGGGAGGCCAGCCGGGCCUUGCCCCCAACACAUCGCUCAUCUUUGACAAUGCGAGCUGGAGGGGCAUCUUGUCCACACUGACCCGUGACUUGGCACCCUCUGCGUACUUUGGCCGAACCGCGGUUGUGCUGGCGUUGACUGCCGACGACGCCGCGCCUGUCUUCUUCGCAUUGAAGGCGCUCAAGAUUGCAAAGAUAUACACUGUCGGCUUCAGGACACCGUCUGGGCUGGCCCGCAACGCGCCGCCCAUUGAGCAGUUUAUCAGCAUGGAGAGUCUUCAGCGCGCGCGAUCCGUGGCGGACAACCGCGCGCCUUUUGUGAUUAUCUCAGCCCUCGGCCGGGGCAAGAGCAACAUUGUCGGCAUGCUGCUGCGAGUCUUUGGAGAGGCCGGCCCGCCGGGGUCGUCAAACUCGAGGAAGGUCUUUUUGAACCUGGCCGAGGCGGCCUCGCAGCAAAAGAACGACCCAGUCGCGGUGGCCGAGCAGAGCGGGUUCACCGCAUACGACGCUGCGGACGUGGCGGCUUUUACGACGGUCGAGAGCCUACGGUUGCUGGUCGGCCAAAACGUGCCGUACAGCUUCGUGCGGCUGGCCAGCGGCAAUUUAUUCUGA